AUGGUGCUAGCCCUGGUGUCUGCCUGGACUCUGCUCUACGUCUGCUGUAUCAAGGGGGAUCGAGACUACUGGCAAGGUACCAGCUCAGCUUUACUCUCUCCCUGCAUGCCAGGGAGGUCAAAUUCCAGCAGAAUAUUGGCCCUGCCUUGGGAAUGGUGCCAGUUGUCUCGCUAAUGUUUAUUUCUCUUGCACUCUCAAAGGUUCUCUGGAUGGGGUCAAAUUCCUCUUCACACCAGAUGUAAGCAUUGACUUUAUGUACUACCCAUUUACACGUUGUCAUGAUACUAAUCCGUCACUUUGUGUUUUCUAUUUCUCCAGGUUGAUGAACCCGUCCACCUGGCUGGAUGCAGGUGCCCAGGUGUUCUACUCCUUCUCCUUCGGAGGACUCAUCUCCUUCUCCACCUACAACUCUGUACAGUAAGUAACUCCUUCUUACAACGUUUUAUUAACACCAUUUUAUUGAGGCUGCAUCCUAAUCCAUGCAUAGAGUAACUCAUAGUUGCUCAUAGAAGUUAUACCAAUGGAUCACAAGUGAUCAUAUUGGUUGACAACGCUGUCAAGUAUCUGUCAAAAUUGGAUUUAAUUAAUGGGGAUUAGAGGAAGAGAAUCAAAUGAGUUUGAUAUAUUGGUCAUACUUCCAUGUGCUUUCUUCCUAGUAACAUCAAGGCCCUGCUGAAUGUAAUCUCUUCCUAGUAACAUCAAGGCCCUGCUGAAUGUAAUCUCUUCCUAGUAACAUCAUGGCCCUGCUGAAUGUGAUCUCUUCCUAGUAACAUCAUGGCCCUGCUGAAUGUAAUCUCUUCCUAAUAACAUCAUGGCCCUGCUGAAUGUGAUCUCUUCCUAGUAACAUCAUGGCCCUGCUGAAUGUGAUCUCUUCCUAGUAACAUCAUGGCCCUGCUGAAUGUAAUCUCUUCCUAGUAACAUCAAGGCCCUGCUGAAUGUAAUCUCUUCCUAGUAACAUCAUGGCCCUGCUGAAUGUAAUAUCUUCCUAGUAACAUCAUGGCCCUGCUGAAUGUGAUCUCUUCCUAGUAACAUCAUGGCCCUGCUGAAUGUAAUCUCUUCCUAGUAACAUCAUGGCCCUGCUGAAUGUGAUCUCUUCCUAGUAACAUCAUGGCCCUGCUGAAUGUGAUCUCUUCCUAGUAACAUCAUGGCCCUGCUGAAUGCAUUUGAUCUUCCUGAGCACCACGUCACUGUGAACAACUAUGAGGAAGUUCUCCAAGGUCUCAACGGCACAUUUACAGACAUCAUCCAAUGA